AUGUUUUCAAUUUAUUUUAUUUGUUUUGCAAAUCAUCGUCAUCAUCGACAACAUUUACAAAUUCAUUGGAAUUCAUCAAAUAUACUUUUUCAUACAUCCGGUUUUUUAACUGUUUAUCUUGGAGAUUUAAUUGAUUUUCUUUGUCCUUAUUAUGAAGAUCAAUAUUCGGAUAUUAAUGUAGAAUAUAAUACACUUUAUCUUGUUAAUGAAAAUGAUUAUUAUCGUUGUAAUGCAACAAAUUAUAAUCCAUUAUUAAAAUGUAAUAAACCAUUUGAUACACAACGAUCAAUUUAUACAUUAUCAAUAUCAAAAUAUUUACCUUAUCCAAAUUUACCAGAAUUUGAUGAUGGACAUCUUUAUUAUUUUAUAUCAACAUCAUCUGGUCAAUUAUCAGACAUCGAUCAACGUUACAAUGGUUUAUGUUAUUCAAAAAAUAUGAGACUAAUUAUUAAUGUACAAAAAUAUUACCGACACUAUUAUGAAGAACAUCGACGAUGGCCAACACCUAUAGUAGCUAAAAGAACAAAUUUAAGUUUUAUUGAUUCAGAUGAACGUUUUUUUUCUUUUUUAUCAUUAUCUUCAAUUACUAGGCAAAAUUUUUAUUUGACUCUCGUGAUGCUUGUGUGUUGUUUACUGACUAAAUCAAAAGCUUAA